AUGGCAACUUUGAAAAAAUUUGAAUAUUUUACUAAUUUUAUUAAUUUUUAUAAUAUAGAUUUUGCUGAUCCAGUCACUGCUGCCACUUUAGGUAUCGUCCAAGUAUUCUGGGGUUUAGAUAAAAAAUUAGCACAACGUAAACAUUUCCCAUCCAUCAAUUGGUUAAUUUCUUUCUCCAAAUAUAUGCAAGCUCUUGAUACUCAUUAUGAUCAAAUGGAUCUAGAAUUCGUUCCACUCGGUGUACCAGAGCCAAGGAAAUUCUUCAAAUGGAUUUACAUACCAUAG